AUGGACGGAGCCGAAGAACGUUUUCCCAAGCUGGAAAUAUCUACCGGUGGUAAAGAACUCAAGAAGUUGAACUUGAAUUUGAGUCCAUCCUUAGGGAUCCGAGCCACUGUUGACAAAGCCAUGACGCCAAAAAUCGUCUGUAGAUGCGAAAACAUGCAACAAAUCAGCAUCAAAGGUGGCUGGUGCAGCAGCAUGAGGAGCGGCAAGAGUCAGAAUAGUGUUGACCGAAUCUUCCACAUAAUUGGGGAGACUCAACAUGACUCGAGCAACUAUGCCUCCCAUGGAAUGACCGACCAGAAUGACCGACCGAGCUGGGGUCGGGUUAUGUCGGUAAAGACUCAGGAUGAAACCAAUGGCGUCGUUGAGGUAUUCGGCCUGGUCGAGCAUCGUUCUUCCGUGGAAGGCAGUGAAGUCUUCAUUGAAGUCCGCGGAGAAGAAAUCUAG